GCGAGCUACUGUGAAAAGGUUCUUCCAUUUCGAUGCUCCAUCGUCGCCGCUCCCAACGCUGCCCCGCCCUCGCUUCUCCUUCUUCUUCAACGCUACGCACCGGCCCGUUCUGACUAGCGCCAUUCCAUUUCUCGCUAUAAAUACAGGCAUCCAGCCAGCCGUUGUAGAGGUCCCAUUCGCCAUUCCAUUCUGUUUAGCUACUCCAGCCAGCCCCACUGACCGGCCCCAGCUUCCAUUCUUCUCCUCCCCGACCUCGUUCUGUCUGCCCCGUGCUUGCUCUGCUGCGUGGAACCAAAUGGAGAAGGUGGCGGCGAGGAGGCGUCAGGUACCGGCGUUCGGGGAGUGGAACUACUACCACCACUAUGACGACCCGGAGGCUGCCGCGGUGGCGCCGCCCGCCCUGGCUUACUGCUACGCCACGCCCGAGCCGGAGGCCUGCAGCGACGUGUGGUUCAGGUACUCGCCGCCCCAGCGCAAGCCGAUGCCCACCAAGAAGCCGAGAAGGAGGGUGCCGGACGGCGACAGUGAUGCGUCCCUGGAGAAGAAGGGACGGCGCGCGAGGCCGGCGUCGGAGGCUGUCGGAGGAUGCGGCGGCGGCGGCCUGGCGCGCGCGACAAGGGUGGUGCGGCCGGUCGACGAGGACCUGUACCAGGUGCCGCCGCUGGACCUCGCCGCCUCCCACAAGCGCCGACCCAGGAGGAGGAGCCUUUGGAUGGGCUGCCUGGGUUGCUAAGCCUGAACCUGAACCUCAGCCUGUCAUCUAUUGGCUGGAUGCUUCGAGCGUGUUCAUCGGUGGCAGUAGAUUGGGUUACCUUUUCUUUUCAUUUCUGUUGUUGGAUAGUUAUCUGAUGAAUCUCUCUCUCUCUCUCGGAUGUUUGUGAUGCUUGCUUGGAUUGUGCCAAGUUACGAGUUCUAGGUUUUAGUAGGUAACAUUAGCUAUUGACCUUUCGAGGUUUUAAUCUUUUUUUCGUAUGAUGAUGUGUAAGAUAUUAUUAGAUGCAACAUCUUGUUUUCCUAA